ACAACCGAACCUUAUCUCUCAAAUUUUUUAAUAUGAACUUGAGAAAAUUGAAUCCAAAAAGCCAAAAAAAAAAAAAAAAAAAAGAGCAACAAGAAAUGUCAAUAACUUCAAUAGCAAUCGCAAGUAGCAGUAGCAGUAGAAGUAGCUUCCUCAGGUUUCUUCGAGUUCAGUGCUCUGAUUCUUCUAAGCCUAGGCGUGGUUUUGGCGCCAAAAACGACGACCUCAACAUCAAAAACAAGACAAAGAAACUGACCUCUCGACAAUCUGGGCCUUUACCUUCUCAGGCCCCUGUUCUCAAUAAUCGUUUCGAUGGCAAGCCUAAAACUAUGGAUAUUGACUUUGAGCAACGGCUCGAAGCGGUUAGAAGGUCAGCUCUCGAACAAAAAAAGACAGAUGAAAUUAAAGAGUUCGGACCAAUCGACUAUGAUGCACCUCUUGAAUCUGAGAAGAAGACAAUUGGCCUUGGCACUAAGAUUGGAAUUGGGGUAGCUGUUCUGGUCUUUGGUCUAGUUUUUGCUCUUGGAGACUUUCUUCCAUCUGUAAGUGAUAGCCCCUCCGAAGAAGUUAGAGCAGUUGAUAAGAAGUUAUCAGAAGAAGAGAAAGCUACUCUUCAGACUCAGUUAAAACAAUACGAGGCAACUCUUGCAGUCUCCCCUAAAGAUCCUACUGCACUUGAAGGAGCUGCAGUAACCUUGGCAGAAUUAGGAGAGUAUACUCAGGCUGCCUCUCUGCUUCAGGACUUGGCAAAGGAGAAACCCACUGACACAGAUGUUCUUCGUUUGCUUGGAGAAGUUAAGUAUGAACUCAAAGAUUAUGAGGGGAGUGCUGCUGCAUACAGGAUCUCUUCAAUGGUCUCCAAAAAUGUAAAUUUUGAAGUUCUACGUGGUUUUACCAAUGCCUUGCUUGCAGCUAACAAACCGGAUGAGGCUGUUCAGGUCCUUCUGGCUUCUCGUGAACGCCUGAAUUCAAAAAAAUCAGGUGAUGUUGAUGUUAAAGGUGAUACUGAUGCAAUGGAAACUGAAUCGCAGAAGGUGGACCCUAUUCAAGUUGACUUGCUUCUAGGAAAGGCCUAUUCAGAUUGGGGGCAUGUGAGUGAUGCUGUAUCCGUUUAUGAUCAGCUCAUCUCUAGUCACCCCAAUGAUUUCCGUGGUUACCUAGCAAAGGGUAUUAUAUUGAAAGAAAAUGGCAAUGUGGGGGAUGCAGAAAGGAUGUUUAUACAAGCUCGGUUUUUUGCACCAGAGAAGGCCAAGGCACUUGUAGAUCGUUAUGCAAAAAAAUAACAACAUGAUAGGCUUUAUUGCUUGCAAAUGCCCAUGUAAUAGCAUUGAGAUUGGGAUAAUUGUUGAGCAGUUAAAGGAUGUUGCAGGCGAUGGUGACCAAGAAUGACAUGUGAGGGGGUCUCCUAGGGAGCUAUUUCUCUUGUAAAAGUAGCAAUACUACAGGGGUUAUUCUAGGUUUGAGAAAGAGUAGGGUUAGAUCAACUGUUCCUUGGGAACCUCUAAGCUUUCUGUAAUUGGCAUGGAUAUGUUGAGGUUCUGUCGAAGUUAAUAAUAUUUCAGGGAUUGCUGUUA